GGGUGGAUAAAAGAGGUGUGUAUUCUGGUGAUGAUUCAAAUGGUGUUGGUUGAGUGCCAAGAAUAUGGUGAUUUCAACACCAGUGAUCAAACGGUUAUGAAGCGGUUGACGGAGUUAGCCAACCUCCGUAUCUCCACCGUCACGUCUGAUCUCAUACACACGCAGAUGGCUCACAAGGCCACUUUUUGUGUCACUGACCCGGAAGAGGAGUGGAAUAAAUCUUUUAACUAUUCUUCUAAUUUGGAUUUCUUGUCCAAAUGCAUUACUCAAACUCAAGGUGAUUUGGCACAGAGGUUAUGCUCAGCAGCAGAGCUGAAAUUCUACUUCACAAACUUCAUUGCUAACACAAGAUCAGCAGCUUCCUUCCUCAAACCAAACAUCAACUGCAAUUCGACCACUUGGGUUUCAGGCUGUGAACCUGGAUGGGCUUGCACUCUUGGCACCAAUCAGCCUCCCACUCUCAUCACACAAUCCCAGCAAAUUCCGGUCCGAACUUACAACUGUCAGCCUUGCUGCGAGGGCUUCUUCUGCCCUCAGGGCCUCACAUGCAUGAUACCUUGUCCAUUGGGUGCUCACUGCCCCCGGGGGAUUCACAAUGCCUUGACUGGAUUAUGCGACCCAUAUAUGUACCAGUUACCUCUUGGGCUGCCAAAUCAUACGUGUGGAGGGGCUAAUAUCUGGGCGGAUGUUGGCAGAGGCGGUUCCAUGUUUUGCUCUGCCGGCUCCUAUUGUCCAACCAACACACAAAAAAUCCCUUGUUCUAGCAGGCACUACUGCCGUAUGGGAUCCUCUUCUGAGACUCGAUGCUACAGAUUGACAUCAUGCAAUGCCAACACUACGAGGCAGAAUAUAAGCCAAUACGGAUGCAUGUUGAUUGUUGGUAUCAGCGUCAUGCUAUUCGUCUUCUACAACUGUUACGGGAAGGUCAUCACAAUCAGGGAAAGAAGGUAUGCUAGAUCAAGGGAGACUGCAGUGAAGAGCAUGAAGGAAAGUGCUCGAGCACAAGCAAGAUGGCUUGCUGCAGUGGAGACUAUCAGAAGGAGAGCAGCCGAGAUUUCCCAUUCAUUUUCACGUAGAAAUAGCAUCGUACCUAAUGAUCUGCAGCUUAGUGAUGUGUCUGGAGUAGAAGCAGCUUAUCCUCAAGAACGGGAAAUCGAAGAGUUUCCUGAUAGUUUUGAACACGUGGAUCCAGAAACUGGAGGCGUGGACCAGAAUGAGGUUAAGGUGAAACAUAUUAGGACAAAUACUCAAAUUUUCAAGUACGCUUAUUCUCAACUCGAAAGGGAGAGAGCUGUCUCUGGAGUGAGUUCAGUGACUAUGGUUAGUGAGGUGAGGAGGAGGCCUACAAUAGAGAUCGCAUUCAGAGAUCUUACAGUGACGUUGAAACAGAAAAAGCUACGUCUUUUAAGGUCUGCCAAUGGAGAAAUACUUCCUGGUCGGAUCACUGCUGUUAUGGGGCCAUCCGGGGCAGGAAAGACGACCAUGCUCUCAGCCCUGGCCGGGAAAACAGUUGGAUGCUCUGUAGCUGGCUUGGUUCUGAUAAAUGGGGAGGUGGAGUCAAUACGCUCGUACAAAAAGAUCGUUGGAUUUGUGCCACAGGAUGAUGUUGUUCAUGGGAAUUUAACAGUGGAAGAGAAUAUCUGGUUUAGUGCCAAUUGCAGACUUUCAGCAGUACUGCCAAAAGUAGAAAAAGUACUUAUUGUUGAGAGAGUCAUUGAAUCCCUCGGGCUGCAGCCAGUGCGAAGCUCCUUGGUUGGCACUGUGGAGAAACGAGGCAUCUCCGGAGGGCAGAGGAAGCGUGUGAAUGUGGGGUUGGAGUUAGUGGUGGAACCUUCACUCUUGUUCCUAGACGAACCAACCUCUGGAUUGGACAGCUCCUCGUCUCAGCUCCUUCUUAGAGCUCUCAAACGUGAAGCUGUUGAAGGUGUGAACAUAUGCGCAGUUGUCCACCAGCCAAGCUAUUCCUUGUUCAACAUGUUUGAUGACUUGAUACUUCUAGCUAAGGGGGGCCUCAUUGCCUACCAUGGGGCGGUUAGGGACCUCGAGGAUUACUUUGCAGGCAUUGGUAUCAAUGUUCCCGACCGCAUCAAUCCACCAGACUACUUCAUAGAUGUUUUGGAAGGAAUGGUGAAGCCUCACACCAGCUCAGGUGUAGCCUAUGAAGAGCUACCCCUAAGAUGGAUGCUCCACAAAGGCUAUCCCGUUCCACCAGACAUGCAACGGACCGUCUCUGGCGCUGGUCUGCCUGCAAACUAUGCCAACUCAAGAAAUCAAGAAAAUCUAGAGUUCUUGCAUAAUCUGAAGUACAGAGUAGAAGCACUGCUUGAUGUAGUAGGCAACACCUUCUUCAAGCCGAAAGACUUGUCUAGGAGGCAAACCCCCUCCAUUCUUGCACAGUAUCGACACUUCCUUGCAAGGGUGGCCAAGCAACGCCUUCGAGAAGCUAGAAUCCAAGCAAUAGACUAUCUCAUACUGUUGCUUGCCGGUGCUUUUAUGGGUCUUGUAGCUAAAUCAGGAGACGAAAACUUUGGCGCUCCCGGUUACACCUACACUGUUAUAGCUACUUUACAGGAGGGAACGAGCUUCGGGCAUCAGCAGCCUUGCACAUUUUGUGGCCAAGGAUACAAUAGACCAUUUCAACACACUGAUCAAGCCACUGGUAUACCUCUCCAUGUUCUACUUUUUCAGCAAUCCAAGAUCCACCUUCCUAGACAACUACAUCGUCUUGCUUUGCCUCGUUUACUGUGUGACGGGUGUAGCUUACACGUUGGCAAUCUUCCUAGAACCCGGUCCAUCUCAGCUGUGCUCUGUGCUUCUACCAGUAGUUCUGACUCUCCUCUCAACUCAACCCAAAGACAGCCAAUUUAUCAAGAUUUUGACAAGACUGUGUUAUCCAAGCUGGGCUUUAGAAGCAUUCAUAGUCUCGAACGCUAAGAGCUACCACGGUGUGUGGCUCAUACAACGGUGUGGUGCACUGCUCAAAACGGGCUACAAUCUGCACGACUGGACUCUUUGUAUAUCGCUCCUUAUAGCUACUGGUGCAGGUUGCCGCGUUUUUGCUUUC